CACAUCCGGGGAUCUGUGGGUCACGUGGCCCGGGGUGGGCGUGGUCCGGAGACGGAAGCGGGCUGCACGCGCCUCGGCACCCAGCUGAAGACGUAACUUUUGCACCUACAGCAUUGCUGCAGGAAAAUGGACAGUGAGGUACAGAGAGAUGGAAGGAUCUUGGAUUUGAUUGACGAUGCCUGGCGAGAAGACAAGCUGCCUUAUGAAGAUGUUGCAAUACCACUGAAUGAACUUCCUGAGCCUGAACAAGACAAUGGAGGCACCACAGAAUCUGUGAAAGAACAGGAAAUGAAGUGGACAGACUUGGCCUUACAGUGCCUCCACGAGAACGUGCCCCCAGCUGGAAACUGACGCCGCCCCUCCCUCCAUGCCGGCAGCUGUCAGAAACACCACAAUAAACCGGGUCUGAAUUCAGAUCUUCCAGUAAUGAAUCCGUACUGAAAAGUGUACACCUCCCUUCCCUCCCCCGCUCCCGCCCCCAGUCAGCAUAAUAUAAAACAAUUCAAAGGUG